AUGGCUGCUCCAGUCGUUCCAAGUAGCUUUCAGAUUUACGACUCAUACGUCGAAGAUCCCAAAUGGCAAAUCAAAUUCACCAUGAUUUGGUGCUCUGGCUUGGCACUGACUGUGGCUGUCUCUGUUCCGAGUUUCAUUCUUGGUCUGAGCAAUCGACGUUCCCUCAAGGGAAUCACUGGAAUCUCAGAGACCAAUGGAUAUCAGCCCGCUCAUUCCGAUGGUAAGGAGCCACCGCCUACCCGUCGAAGACAUCGUAGGUUGGUUGGAGCUUUGAAUGCUCUUAUUUUACCGACGUAUUGGUCUCUUCCGAAGAUCUCAGACAAAUUUUAUCGGCGUAUCUAA